CACGGGCAAAGUUCCCGUUAUACACCCCUAUUAAAAUCAUACAAUUACCAAUUUAAUUAAAAUUAGCAGCAAUAAUUAAAAAUGUCCCCAUUUUCUAGGAAUUAAUUACAUUCCCUAAAGUCACAAAAAUAGGAAGUACUAAAAAUAGUCUGUGCGACUUCUGUUCGACUUAAAAGAAUAACUGGCCUCAGGUCAGUACUUCCGCUCCAAAACAAGCUGCCAAUUAUAGCGUGGUGUUUCUGACAGUAGGACAGUGGGUCAUAUGAUUAGUUUAUGGACAGGGAACUUCAAGUUAAAAAAAACGUUGCAAACUUUUUCCUGACACUAUUUUUAAUCCAAAUGCAAAUUAUUUCUAUGUAAUUUAAUUUAUAAAGCGUGGUGAUCAAAAACUGUUGCUCUAUGCUCCACUGUUAUUAUUACAAAAACGUUAAAUGUGAGGCGAGCUAUUGCCAUGACAUAAUUAAGCUAUUUUAUGUUGACUUUAUUUGGAAUUUCUUUACUGUUUAUUGCAAGCAGCCUUGGAUGUAUCAACUUGUUCUUAUUUGUGAGCUGCACGCGCCUGGUCUCUCUUGUGCAUGACCAACUAUUCAGCGCUCAGGGAAACAUAUUCGACAGCGUGCUUUCUAAGAUAAACAGCUGAUAUGAAACCACAACCGCGAAUCUGUGUCUCUCAUUCAUAGCCUGUGUGAUAACUCAUCCUGCUCCGCCUCCUAUGUGUUCGAGGCUACAGGUGGAGCUCAACUCUCAAACUGAACAAUGGCGGCAUGUCGCUUUUUGUUUCCUCUUGUAAUUGAAGACUUGUGUAAACUAUACAUGAGAUAUCAUUCGCAUUUUCUGUCUUGACUUUUCGUUGACAUAAGCUGUGCCAAAAAAUACUUAACACAGCAACAUAAGGCCCUGCUGGAUUUGUUAUGGGACCAAACAAUGUGAUGUUUAGAAUGACUGUUUAAACAAAAGCUGGUGCCGUGUGUCAGUCAUAAAUCAGCAUUUCCUCGCCUGUUGUUAUUAAACUUUGAACGCAUGGGAAAUUAUAUCUUCAUUACUUAAAAAACAAAACAUUUACACAUAUAUUUGACAUCAUACUAUUUGAGAUAGCAAGCCCACGUAUACUCUAAGCAACCAAAUCACUCCACAUUUCACAUCUGUUAACUUUAAAGUUAGUCUUACCUGCAGCAGAUCAACAUGAAUGAAAAACAACACAAUAACUGGCUUUAUUUUUGCCGGAAUAUAUAUUUUAUUGUAUGCAUUUUCAGUGUUUAAAUUCUCCAACACUUACUUAGCCCUAACUGGUUUCUUUUCUGACUCGAAACUGUUGAAUCACACAUGAUUUCAGCUCACAUUGCACCGCUGCAGGCUCCAUGUGAUUUAUGAGCACCUCUGGCGAGGACUCUCUCUCGGAGGAGGAGGAGGAUAACAGACUUUACACAAACAGCCAUCGAAAUGUUUUAACAAGAGGCAAAUAAGAAACCAAAAUGAUCAGCUGUCGUGUCGGUGGUUUGGUUUAUUGCCUGUUUUUAUUGUCUAGGUAUAGCUACAAACGUGUUUUCCACUCGUCUCAGGUGUGUCUUCUUCAACCACUUUAGUUUGCGAUGACAGGUGUAUUGUUAUGGCGUGGUGUGUUUAAACGGCAGCCAUGGCAGUUGCAUAAAGGCUGAGAGUUGAAACAGGGGUCACGCUGCUAUUUUCCAGGGACAGAGAGGCUCUCUCGCAUUGACCAGCAGUGGGUGUGUCAUAAAUCCGUAAAUCUCUCUCCCAUCCGUUCACUCCUGGGAGCAGAUGCAUCAUGUCUUUUUUGUGUGUUGGUGCCCCUGUGCGUGCAUACGUGUGUGUGCGUAGAUGUGUAUGUGUCUGUGUGUCUGUCUGUGUGUGUGUGUGUGUGUGUGUGUGUGUGUCUGUUGAGUUAAAUACAUUUACAUAAAACUAGAUUUAAAAACUCCAUCAGACAUGUUAAAUGAUUUUCUGUCGGUGCUGGCACACAUUUCAAGCAGGGGGACGACAAAGCAGCUUGGAUCAACACUGAUAUCCCGCUGCAGACUCCAGCAUCACAUCACACAAGACAUGAUGGCAGGGUAAACUUGCCAGUAACACUUUAUGUCAUCAUAAUGCCUCGCUGAGAAAUUUUUCAUUAGCCUAUUUGCUGCAUCGUUGAAGACCUUAGAAAUUAUAGUAAUUUCCCCUCAGUUCAAGGUGUCACUGGGGGCCCAGACAGUCACUAGAUUGAGUUAUGAUUAUGUUAUUCACUUUUCAUUAGCAGAAGUGAUCUGAAUUUGGGAUCCUGAGACUAUAGAUCUACAAUUACGUAUUGGUUAAGUGCAAAUGUGCUUUUUAUUUGAUUUUCUCUCUGAAAAUGAUUCUCUGGUGCAUUUGUGUGGCCACUAGUUGCUUUAGUCUCAUACUUUGAGCACAUCUGCUGCAGCAUUUGGAAUGUUACUGACAAUUGAAUGUUACGGGUAAAGUACAUCAUCUGGAGGUGUAAAGACACAAAAGGUUCACCUCACUUCUAAAAUGUAAAACAUAGAAUUGAAACCUGCCAUCACCCCCAGAUUAAUACAUUUAAUGGAUACAUUAUAUGCAGUUAUAAAUUUAAGAUAGCCUAUUAAUAUUUUCUGAUGAUGUUAAAGGUUUGCUUAUAACAGUCAAACAGGCCAAUUAUCAUUAGUUAAGAAUAAGAACCAAAUGGCUUUAAAAGUUAACACACACACACACAUACACACACACACAGUCUUUUAAAAUGGACACGUAUAAUUCAGAUUUCAUCGGAAAAAAUACAUUAUAGAUAUAUAUAUAUAUAUAUAUAUAUAUAUAUAUAUAUUUGUUAUACUUUAAAAUAUAUUCAGUUGAAUACACAUAUUUCCCCCGAGUAAGUCAUUUCCGAAAUUGACAUGUUCAGAUAUCCAUCGGCUCCGAGCAACAGGAUUUAUGGCUGUGCACUCUCCACAGACAAGCCAGAAUUUACAGUGAGCUGUGCUUUAAAAAAUACCCGAAUUAAUACUCCAUGAUAAUGCAUGCUUCUGCAGAAGUCGGGACUUGUUUGGUAAAUUGACAAUAUGUGUUUUCCUCACUUUAUGAAGUGCAGUCUGCAAACUAGUCCUUUCAUUUCACUCUGCAUUGUUUACAGCAAUAUAGGGCACCGGGCCCAUAAAUCUUCUCCUUGCGCUGCCAAGACAGCGCCAUUUGUAUGCACCGUUUUAACCGACAGCAUCCUCUGCCCAUUACCGUCUUCUCCCAGCUCUCCCUCAGUCUCCUCUUAUCUGCCCAGCUCUGUCCCCUGCAAAUACAUUAACUCAUCCCUGUAUUCGUUGAGCUCUGAAAAACAAUUGAGCAUUUUGAGUUUAAGGAAUAUAUAAUUUAUGUGGUAAAUGAAAUACAAAUACAAUAAUUGUAUUCUGCAGAUUGUCCCACGUGUGCGCAGUUGCAGAUACUCCCCCAUUACCCAAUAGCGUUGUAAGUUAUUGGUAUGAAAAAUAAAAGUUUAUCGACGAUUUGCUCGGUUGUUUGUGUCAGCAGGCGAGAGAGCGCAGAAGGUAAGGAGGAAUUGUAAAAGGGUUGACACCCAGAGCGACCGGCGCGCUUUUGUGUGAGAGAGAAAAAUGAUUUAUUGCCACUGCGAGGCGGUUCAAACAGAGUUCACGGAGAAUUGUGGUGGAGGCGCGGAGGAGCUAAAUUAUGGUCUUGCUGAGCUAGUAUAUCAUAGAUCCUAUCUCCAAUUCAGAGUGUGUUCAAGGGUGUGAGGUAAGGAAAACAAAACGAAUUUAAUUACUUUCACCCAUUUUAGUCAGUGCUGAUGUAUACUGCUUAAUUACAAGAUAAUAAUAAUAUUAAUAAUAAUUGCCACUGCUAUUAUUCGUAUUAUGCUGUAGUUGGUGGAUUUACCGAUACAAGCAGAUGUAAAUAUAUUUAAAUACAUAUUUAUUUUCUGGAUCAUUUUGGGGUUGAUGGUUACCAAUAAUAAGUAAUGGUGUAUCUCUACUUUGUUUGUGUGGUAUUGUGUCCUUGGAGAUUCAAUACAGAAUAAAGAAGAAAAAACAUCCAAGGACGUGACCAGGUAAAAGCUCAGUGAUGGUGGCAGCCAAAGCAGGGUGAAACGGAAAAGGGGGAAGGAAGGCUCCUCUUCUUCCAAGCUUUGCAACCCUGAGUGCAUAAUCCAUCACCGCUGUGAGACAUCUAAAGAGGGGUUUCUCGACAGCUUUGUUGUGGUGAAACACCAGAAGGAACUUGCUUCAACUAAGAUUGAUACACAGAAUAUGCAGAAAACUCUCGUUUUAGAAGAUGCUUUUGGGUGCACUGUUUUAUUUAAUAAUUGUGAUGGCUUCAUUAUUCUAGUUAUUUAUCCACUUUGCAUAUAGUGUGCUCGGUUGAAAUUAAGCAAUCUGGUUUUAUGAGUUUUCUUUUCUUCCAAAAGAUAACUCAGUUUGGCCACACUUUAUGUAUCAUUUAGCCCCACAUAUUUCCCCGCAACAUUUUUAUUAUGGUUUUUAAAUGAAGUUGCAAAAUUCGCAUUUUGUUUAAGUGCUUUUCACCUUCCUCGCGAUAUUUCCAUGUUCCUUGAGUGUUUUCCUAAACUCUAUGCUGCACUCUAAACAGGCGUUAAUCAGGGCUCUGCAGAACAUCUAUCUCCCCCUACUCUUUAGUCCACUGCCGUGUAGCAAGCGGAGUGUGUGUGCAUCCAAAACGUCCGCCGUGUGUGUCCGUCGCCUCGCAUGCAGGGCCAAAGACAGAGCCACUUGAUAUUGUACAGUGAUGACUGCUUAAUGCAAAUGCGCUGGAAAAAAAUCUCAAAUGAUUGCCUCCUUUGUCUUUGUGUGGCAAUGACUGUCAUGCCUUUGUUUGACCACUCCCCUUGAAUCCUAUUAAGCCAAAGCUAUACUUCCACUCCAACAGUUAUAAGCAUAUGCUGUUAUUUAAAGGAAAAGACCGCCGAUUUAUAGUGGGCAGUUAAAUGAGUUGCAAACCAAAUUAUCCAAAAUAAUCGGAAUAAUUUAUUUUACAGGCAAAAUGCAGGCUUAUUGCAGAGUGCCCAUAUAGAGCAGCUAAUAGCAUAGAAAUAGGGGGGGGGGGGGGUAUUUCUCAUUAUGUUAAAUUGGAGAAAAAUGCACCCCGAAAUUAAUUUUUUUAAAGGCGUUUUACAUCUAAAAAAGCUGAAGCAAAAAUAAUGAGUUGUGGUCGACGAUGCGCUAUUAUCCAGAAUAUUAUUCUAGCUCAAAGACAUAAUUAAACAGGAAUUCCUCACGUUCUUAUCUGGUCAAACCUACCACUUAAAGUUCAGGAGGUGCAGCUGCAAAGGUCCUUCUAACAAUCGCGUCCUGUCAAAAGAUUGACGAUAUUACAAGAAACCAACACUCGGUUAGCAGUUAGAGGUUCCUCGCCACACUGUGCAGUCUCCCGCUCUCUGCCAUUGUUUCUCUCACGCCGCGUAAACACAGCCCACUCUUUCUCUUUCACACUUAUUACACAGUUGUUGGCGUCUACUCAUAUUCCGUUUUAUGUUUUUAUAGAUAAAGGGACGCAGGCUACCCAUAGAAAUGUUGUCUGAAGAAAUAUCGCAGAAGCUCCUUCGGUCGCCCCAAGUUGCCCUCUUUCCAACUCCCGUGCUCUGCUAUUGGAGGACGGCCACACGUGACUACGGCACCCUUCUGGUUGAACCCAGGUGACCAGCUUCAGUGCCCACUGGAGCCUCUGGGUCACUGCCAUGCCAAGGGCAAGAUGGACAUCAAGAGCAGGAGCUGCAGUCUACUCACCAUCUGCCAUUCAGGAGUAAUUUUUCCCUGGAUGAAGCCACGGAUAACUGAUUCUGAACAAUCUGUCAGCGGUGGUGUGGUGGCAGAUCUGUCAGCCAGGGGAAUGCUCUGUGUCAGGAGGGAGAGAACGGCCUUCACCAAAGGGCAGCUGCUGGAGCUGGAGAAGGAGUUUCACUUCAGCCCUUACCUGUGUCGUCCUCGGAGGCUGGAAAUGGCUGCUGGGCUGCGACUCACCGACCGCCAGGUCAAGAUCUGGUUUCAGAACCGCAGGAUGAGAUACAAAAAAGAGCGGAGGCAUGUAAAGGUGGCAGGUUCUUCCCAGGGGUCUCCCUAUAACCCUUCCCUCAGCUUGAGCUCAUGUGCGGAGCAGCUGAGGUUUCAGGGUGAAUAUGUUGUUCGGACUUCUUUCUCAGAGCUACACGACACAGGUUACGCUCCUAUGUCCUCCUCUCUCUUUGGCGCUCACAGUGAUGCCAGCAGUGGUCAGUGUAAUCACCCCGCAGACCUUACCCAUCUGAGCUGCAUACUUCCAUCUGUUGCAAAUGGUCCUCUGCCCUCCUGUACAGGCGCAGAUAGUCAUCACCAUGCUGGCAUUUCAAACUGGCCCUAGGGCCCCAUAAUGGCCAUCCCUCCUGUGCUCAUCAAAAUCUCAAUGAUACAUCCACUUUCACUUAUGAUAGACUGGUGGAUGUCUUAUUAGCAUCCCUGGGUUGAAAUCCCUUUCACAUACCAUUCAUGAAACAUUUUAAUUAAAUAUGAAGAUAUCUUAAUUAAAGGAGAGCUACAGCGAUAUAAUUUGUAUUUCUCAGGCACAGUGACUGAAGAUCGCAGGUCAAACUUGCUGCUCGUAUUGUACUCACACGGCAUGCACAACACAAUUAAUGACAUGUUUUGGUGUGAUUUUAUGGCUGUUAUAUUUAUAUUGUUGUUACAUGUUUAGUGCAUGGGAAUCAUGGGUGAUUUGUUUGUUUCCCUCUUUUGUCAAAUAAUAGUGGUUAUCAUAUUUUCAAGUGUAACAUUUGGGCUCUUUUUAUUAUCUAUUGUAAAUAACUGGUCAUUUGUGUAAAAUGAUAACUGAAAUGUGCAGAAUAAUGUUAAAAUCCAAUGAUGUUAUAUUUGAGUUAAAGUCAUUAAAGGAUACGGCAAGUCUUUGAUACGGUUCUUGAUUGAUUUACAUGUUAUAUACUGUACAUGCUUAAUAAACGCAUUUUGGAAAACCUA